AUGGGGGGAGAGAAGCACAUAGUAGUGAGAAAAGAACACAUGUUCGCGCAAAAUCGAUGAAUAAACUUUAAAAACGAACAACGAGAACUUAAAAGUGCAGCCCAGCAAUUUGUUAAAAGACAUUGUUGUCAAAUAAUCAGUAAAAGAUUCUCCGUAGAAGCCAGGACUCCUGGGGAAAAUGGGAAUUACGGAGACUGCAACAACGACAACCGGAAUGGGAGCGGCAAACGCCGUGGAGGGCAAACAAAUCCUGUCGCUCGAGGCCUUCCAGGACAUUUUUAAGCACGUGGAACCGGAAGUGCAGAUUGAUGCUUUUGAGCUAGCCCAGGCCUCUGACCGGGGUGACAACUAUACGGCGGCCCUUUAUCGUAUAAAACUCACAGGAAAACGACGGAGUCUCAAAUGGGAACAGAACGUCAUCUGCAAGGUUCUGCCGGAAAGUCUGGUGGCCAGAGAAGCCUACAAGAGCGAUAAGCUUUUCCGCAACGAGGUGGAAUUCUAUAACAGCAUCAUGCCGGAAUUGCUCAAGUUCCAGGCCAGCAAAACUGACCAGGGCACACCCGUGUUCAAUGCCAUUCCCAAGUGCUAUUCGGCCAGAGAUGAUCUGCUUAUAAUGGAGGAUCUUCGAGAACGGGGAUUCCAGAUGACCGACCGGCACAAAGGCCUCAGUGUGGAGGAGACGCAGUCCGUCCUGCUGCAGGUGGCCCAGCUGCACGCCCUCAGUCUGGGUUAUAAGUUCGAGAACCCGCUGGAGUUCAACAAACUGUGCAGCUUGAUUAGUGAGGGCAUAUUCUGCACGGCCAACACGAGUUGGUAUCGAAACUACUACGAACGCCUCACGAAGAACGCCAUUCAAAUGGUGUCCGAUGUGCUGCCUGCGGACUCAAAGUAUGUCCUGGCCAUAAGCAACUUUGCGGAGAGCUCCUCCUUCUUCGGCCGCAUGGUGCAAUUGGCCAGCGCCGAGUCCCCACUUUCGGCCAUCUGCCAUGGUGAUUGUUGGGUGAACAACUUUCUGUACCACUACGACACAAAGGAUCCUCAACGGGUGCUGGAUGUGGCCCUGAUUGACUUCCAGUUGAUACGCUACAGCUCCAUCGCCCUGGACAUUGCCAAUCUGCUGUACUGCUGCACCACCAAGGAGAUGCGAGAUACCCAGCUGCAGACACUGCUCAAAACGUACACGGAGGAGCUAUUCCGAUGGCUCCAAAUCCUUUGCACGACUUUGCCGGUUCACUGUGACACGUUGGAGAAGCUGCAGGAUCUUUUCGCCGAGGAGCUGAAGACUUACGGACGGUUUGCUCUUGGUCUGGCCAUGGACAUCAUUCCUAUUAGCACCUGCUCCUCCGAGGAUGCCCCGGAUAUGUAUUUGAAACGAAAUGACGAUAUUGAUAAGGAUGUCGGAGCGCCCGCGCUCAAUUUUCCACCCAACGAUCUGUGUCGCCAGAAGAUGUCCGAGAUAGUUAUCGAUAUGGUGGAUCGGGACAUGCUCUAGGCCACACUGCAACCGAAAUGGAACCCUUGCUGUCUGCCCAAAACACCAAUUACCAAUAAUAUUCCAGCUCAGAUAGCGUGCUCCAGUUGAUUCUCACUUAACCCUUAGUUAUAUGCAAGCUAGUAAAUAUUACCAUUAGCCUAGAAAGACUUUGUAUGUUUCGAUAGCAUCCAGUUUCUUGACCCUGCGUCCCAGAUAGGACUUUGUGUCGUCAUAGUUAACACUUUAUGAUUAAUUUAUUUUAUCUUAGUUUUAAAUUUUACAACUGAAUGAGCAAUCCAACCAAGGCCAAACUAGAGUAGAAAUUGAAUUUGAUUUUCUGUUGUUUUCCGUUUUUAAUGUUGUAUCUACAUUCUUGAAUACACAAAUUCCAAAAAUUCGAAAUGACUUCUCCAAAAAGUAUAAAUUCCAUUACGUUAGUCGUACCGAAAAGGGAAUUGGGCACAGGGUCAUAGAAUUCGACAGGAAUUGUGAGAAAGCAUUAUCUAUUCUAGCCGUAGCUAAAAUUAACAAUACAUUUGUUGAAAUUAGCUCAAAGACCCCAGACAAUAGAUAGUUUGUCUAGGCGUAUUGUGUUUUUCUAAAGUAUUCUUUACACAAAGUAAUAAACUAUAAAUGAAGGGUA